AUGGCAUAUUCCCAGAUCUACGACGUGAUUGUUGUUGGUGGUGGCCCAGUCGGGUUGGCUGCAGGAUACGAGGUAGCCAAAGCAGGGGCCAGUGUCAUGAUCCUCGAGCAAAACAACUUCUUCAAUCAGGCUGGAAGCUCUGGUGAUUUGGCUCGCAUGUUUCGCACCAUGUACACCGAAGAUUUCAUGGCUGAACUUGCUACCAAAGCUAUGAAGCACUGGGACGCUCUUGAGAAAGAUGCUGGAGUAUCUCUCCGCUGGAUGGGCGGCUUGCUCAAUUUUGGCGAUAAGGAUAUGGGUGGUGACACGCCUGAGGGAACUUUACUGGGACCUAUUAAUAAUUUGGAAAAGUUUGAUAUGCGUUACAAAAAGCUCUCCGUGGAAGACAUUGAAGACCAGUAUCCAUUCAAGAACUUGAAGAAAGACUGGAUGGGCCUCUUCGCACCAGACAAUGGAGUCAUCAACGUUCAGUUACUCCUGAGAACCCUCUACAGUUUGGCAAGGGACUAUGGUGCUGAUGCCAAACAGCACACUGAAGUAAAGCAGAUCCGUCCAACAGACAAGGACAAGUCCAUAUGGGAAGUUCAUGGCACUGUUCAUGGUAAAUCGGCGACUUACCUCACCAAGAAGAUCAUCAUCACAAGUGGAAGUUAUGUCAACCAUAUCUUGAAACCAAGCUUUGGUUUUUCCCUAGGACUAGAGAUCUGGGAAAUGGUUGCGACAUAUUUUAACACCAAUGCCGGCCCCAACGGGACCAUCUUCCCUAGCAUGUGGUUUCAGUUCGCUCCCUCUGUGGACAAGAGAUCUCGCCUGUUUUACGGAUUUCCAGCACUUCCAUGGGGUCCACCUAAUGUAGUCCGAAUCGCUGUCGAUGCUGCAACUCGAACAAUCAAAGAUCCAAGUGAGCGCCUAACCCAUGUUCUCAGUCCAGAGGACAUUAAGGAUACCCAAGACUUCGUGAGAGACCACGUCGUCGGUGUCGAUCCUACAGUCCCAGCGUCUACGGUCAGCUGCCUACAGACCAACGUUUUUGAUAACAUGUUUGUUCUCGACUUCUUGCCUAAGAAAUAUCUAAAUGGAGGUGCUGAGAAGAGUAUCGCUAUAUUCACCGCUGGCUGGGCGAUGAAGUUCGUGCCGACUCUGGGCAAAGCGCUGUCCGAGAUGGUUCUGAAGGGUAACUCUGAUUAUAAACUCAAGGAGUUCGCGAUUACUCGUCCUGCACCUGCUGGUAAGGAAAUCAUCCAAGAGGACUGCGAGUCAGCUGGGGAGAUCAAGAUGGCAGCAAUGUCGAUCCAGACAUCUGGCUGCGAACAGGCUCAAGGUUCUUCAUGUGGCAGAAGGGAGUUAUCACAAGCGGCCUAA